UGCUAUAGAAAAAUCAAACAAAAAAGUGAAAAUUUAUUUAGUUGGUGCAGUUUAUACGGGGUUGUCGCAUUUUAGAAGUGAUACUUCACGGCAUGGCAACAUCGACAUCGGCGGCGUCAACAUCAGUGUCGGCGUCGGGAUCGGCAUCGGCAUCCACCUCGACUACAUCGUCAUCCGGAAACAUGGGCAUUGCCUCCCCCUCGACUUCGGUUAUAUGUGAAGAGAUUUUUGAUGAGACCGAACCAUCUGCUGAAGAAAUCCAAGAUUAUGCUUUGAUGGUUGGCAUUGAUCCAGUUAAAGAGCCGCAUUUGCUUUAUUUAGCCAAAGAGGGGUUGAUGCAAGCAUUGCCAACGGAUUGGAAAAUAUGUUAUUCCGAGGAGAAAUGUGGGCACUACUACUACAAUACAAAAACAAAGCAAUCGCAAUGGGACCAUCCGCUUGAUGUGGUGUACCGUGAGAUGGUUGAACAGGCGCGGCAAAAGCACGCAGCGAUAGCGGCCACACCCGUGAUAGACAAUUCCGACGAUGCGUCGCAGCUGGACUCAGGUAUACGCAGCCUACAAGGCAAUGAUGAAUGUGACAACACAAACAAUACAAAUGAAAUGUCUUCGCCGGUGAGCAAUGUCAAUACGAAUUGCACCGUACGGUCUGCCAAUAGUGCUGUCGGUGGCACGAUUGGUGGUGGUGGUAUUGCCAGUAAUGUUUCUAACAUUAUGGGUCUAGGAUUAUCGAGUAAUUCAGGUUCGACUUCUAAUAGCACAAGUACUAGCGGAUUUAGUGGUGGUGUUAGUCGUUUUUUGGAAUCCAGAAGUAAAAAUUUCGGAUUGACUUUCCAGCCGGUAAAAGGUUCACGCUUUGAAGUAUCCAAAACAAAUCCACAAAUCUCACUAGCUAUGAAAUUCGGUGGCGAGAGUUUCUCCUCAAAGUUGGCAGCUGCAAAUAAGAGUGAAACACCAGAUGUGGGAGCGGCUGGUGCUGCAGAUAAACGUGCUUUUGUGUUAUCGGGUACUGGUGCGAUGUUUCUAAAGUCACGAAAGCAGAUGGAAGCAGGUCUGAAUCAAGCGACGGCAGCAAUGCUCAUGAAUACGAACUCGAGUAAUAUCGUUGUUGAAGGUAUGGCCGGUACACCACCGGGUGUGAAGGGCAUAUUGCGCGAUUCAAGUUUAACAGAUAUGCGUCGAAGAUUCGAGAAGGAGGAUCCAGAAAAUGGUGGUUUGGAAGACAAAAAGAGUGUACGUUUCAAUUUGGAAGAAACAAAAAUGCGCGGUUCACCAGAAGAAGAACCGAGCAGUUCGCGAAAGAUGACCCAAAGUCCAGAAGUAUCAGUAGGUUCGGACGACGAUGAAGCGGAAGACGAUGAUCCUUGGGAUGAAGAGGAUGACGAUGAUGAUGAUGAAGUUGAUGGCUGUGUGGGAUACGGUGCACUAGGCGCUGAAGGUGGAGUACCAUUGCGUAGUCUUAAUCCAUUCUUGAUCAAUGAUGAGAAACAUGUGAAGGAUAUACAAGUUAUAGCGGUACCAAAGGCGCAAACCAUACAAAUGCUGAAGGCACAAAGCCUUUCAAUGGACCUGCCAGAACGAGAUCGCGCUAAACUCUCUGAGUUGGUACGCUCACAAAGCACUGAAUCUGGUAGCAUACCUCAACCCGCAUCUGUGGUGAGUUACCUUGAAAAGCUAAAAGACAGUUCCACAACCAUUAAACCGCUGUACGAGGAUACCGACUCUGAGUCAAAGGGCAGUUCGGUGCGUAGCUUUAUUAUUAAUAAAUCCGAACAGGAUUCCGUGAACUCGAUUAUACCUGCAGUUAAUCCAUUUGAAUCGGAAGAAAAAGCACCGAAAAAUAAUCUUGACACUGAGAAAGUUGAGACCAAGUCUAUUCAAGAGAAAUCUGCUUUGCGGACAUUGAAGGUGGCUUCGAAGCUUGUUGGAUUUCUGAAAAAAGAUGCUGACAAAACUGAACGAGAAUCAUGCAGCCGCCCACGAAUCGAGCAGGAAAAUGACAAGGAGUACGAAAUUCUUCGCCAAAAGGCGGAAAAGCAAAACGAAGUAUUACUGCAGGAAGAACGUGAGCGUUUGGAGUAUGAACUUCAAGGCGAAAUAGAUGCGAUCAAACUCGACCACGAGCAAAAACUGAAGAGCAUACGCCAAGAGUACGAUUCACGAUUGGGCGCACAUCGACAAGAAAUGGAGGCAACAUUCCACACGCGCUUGAGUGAAUAUCGCACUCAAUUGGAGGAAGAGUUGAACGCGAAACGUAAAGUAGUAGUAGAUGAGCACAAGGCGCAUAUGGCCACACUGCAGAAGAAUCAUACUGAAAUAUUGCAGGAUCUCGAACGAGAUCUGAAAAGUGAAGAAGAAAUCAUCAAAAAAGAACAUGCGCGCAAACAUUCAGAGAUGCGGGAUAAACUAGCGCACGAACUAGAGUUGGAACGGCAGCGCAUGCGCGAAACAGGCGAAGAUAGAUUGUAUGAGAAGGUACGUUGUGAGAAGCGCUUACUGGAAGAUAAGUAUCGUUGUUUGAAAGAGAAAUAUGUACGUUUGAAAACAGAUGUCAAACUUUCCUUGGAGCGACGCAAUCGGCGACGAGAAGCGCAGGCGUUGCACCAACAAAGCCUGCAUACGAAUACUACUACAACGGGCUCAGAGACUGAAAGGUCCAUAUCAAAUAAACCAUCGAUCGGCAACAGCGAGAAUCGUUCACUUUCAUUGUCAACUUCUUGUCAAGAGCAUGGUGGUACCAGUGUUGGUGCAAUACCUCAUUCAGUGUUAGGUGGUAAGGGCCCAAAGCCACCAGUGCCACCUAAAACUCAUUUAACACCUCUGACCAACAACAAGGAACAUGGCCUCACUGGGCGCGACCGCUCAAAUGACCGCACACAUAUGCCGAUGGUACGUAAGCCGGGCAUUGCUUCUAAGUAUAUAAAGCACUUACAGGUGCAAGAUGAUACAACUACUUCGAUUAGCCAGUCAGACACGACCAUAUCUAAUAACUACAGUAAGGGACGAUAUUUGCCCGCUCCAGUUUUGAGCGAUAACGGAAACUCCGACUCAGAGGCUGCUUUCCAAUGUAAUCAAGAAAACAAUAACAAUGGACGUGGCAAUGGGCAACGCAAAAAGGUAUUCUCCCGCAUGAAGUCUGCCUCAACUUCACGUUUGAACUCGGACAAUUACAAGACCGACCGACCAUGCACACCAGUUGAGAAUUUGCGUCACCAACUGCAGAAGCUAGAAGAUUUAGAAGAUCAAUUUCCAGACAAUACACUCGACACCACAUACCAUUUGCGCUAUCCAUUCUCAGAUAUAUCCAACGAUCGUGCCGGUGCUGGUAAUAGUUCAGAGCUUGAGUUCUUCAAACAUCGCAUACACUUGGAGCGCGAUAGUGUGCGACGUGCCAAAGAAUCGUUACGCACACAACGCACCAACUUCCGCGCACGCCAACGUGAGAUCAAGCAACGCCAUAAGGCUUCAACAACGCGUCACUCACUAGACCAGGUCAUACAAGAGGAAAAAGAAUUGACUGAAAUGGAAGUAAAUUUGCAUCGCACACGCGCGCUACUGGGCGAGAAGGUAAUACGUUUGCGUCACUUAGAGCAGAGCCUUUUGAGAAUUUACGAGAAGGAAAAGCCCACUAUGGACUUGUUGGGUGUAGAGCAGAAGGAUGAUGCGACGCUCAGUGAUCUCUCAUCGCAUUCAAGUUCCGGCUUUAGUAGCACUGAUUUUGCGAGUGGCGGCGACACACAUAAUUUGCACAAGCGCAAAGAAACCUAUCACCAGGAAUCAACCGAGUGCAUACAAAAUCUAGAAAUUCUCAAUGCGGAGAUACGGGAAAUACUCGACAUAUUGGGAAAAAGUCAGCAGCAUGGAGGUAUUCCUAUGAUCUCGCCCUCUGAUUUAAAUUGGUCGCACAUGCUCUCGGCUGGUGUCAGCACACCUACAACACCACAUGCGCACCCUCAGACCGUUGGCACGGUUAUGCAUGCGCCCCAAUCCAUACCAACUUUGGCCGAUCGCUUGGAAACGUAUCGCCAACUAGCUACUGGACGUAUGCAGAAUUCCAUGGGUGGUGCUGUACUUGCAGCAAAUACCAUUGUUUCGCAAAGCCCACGUGCCGUCAACUAUACCACCAGUCUGGUGGAGCGUACCAGAGAUUUACGCAAUUGGCUGCGACAGGCCAAAACCGAGCACGAUCUACUAACUGGCGGCGCUGGACUGCCAAUACAGCAUGGUGGGUUGGGCCUGUCAGUCAAUACAGUGGGCGUGCUAAGUACCAGGGACUGUGGUGGGGUCAGUGCUGGUAGCGGCGGUGUCGGUGUCGGCGUCGGUGCCGGAACAGCAGCCACAACUGGUGGAGGCAGUGGCACGGGUACGCAAACAAAUCUAUAAUUAGGAUAUAAUGUUUUCUGCUGCUGGCGCAGUCAGGAACCCAAGUCAUAAGAAACUCAAGCUUACGCACAUACAUGUGCGAUAUGCAUGCGAAUAUAUUUACAUUCACUAAUACAAUGUAAAGGCGCGUGCUUAUACACAUACAUGCAUAAGUAUGUGGUUAUAUAAGUGGUUAUGUAUUUAGAAGCCUCGUCAAAGAAGGAAACUAACUAAAGGAGCUAUAAAAGCAGUUUGUAGCAGGCUUAGGUGAAUAUACAAAGAUACAUACAUAUGUAACGUUUUAUUGGAUCUCAAUUUAAAACCAAAGAUAAUCGUUGUUGAAACUAAAAGAUUGAAUAUUAUAGUUGUAUUUGUAAUAAUGCCUACAGAAGCGAAAAAUUAAAAGUAUGUAUACUGGUGCCAAAGAAGUGAAAGAGUGCAGGUGUUGAAAGUAAACAGAGAAAGUCUAAUGAUUAUAGUUAAGGUUACAUUAAUUUGACACAGAAUAGAAAUUAGCGAAAAUAGAAAUUACACGUAAAAGAAAAUUCAGACAGAAAUUCCUUGGAAAACGAGCUUAAUUCUUUUGGCUGGUUCGUUGGAGUUAAUUUGCAAGGCGAACUGCAUCCCAAACUAAAUUGGAAGUUCUUUAAACGCAAAAAAGAUUGUUUCG